ACGCGCUGGACUUGCGAGCAGCAUACAUAUCCAUCGCUAUCCCAUUGCGCGGGCGUCACAAUUGCGUCGCCCACCAACGCCUAUUCAGAGCAGCGGCGACUUGCGUCGGCGGGGCAUCUCGACUGUCCCACUGGUAACCGCUUGCCUUCGACGCAAACCUAGAGCCGCUUAACCUUGGAAACAUCACCUCAACGAGAAUCCAUACACAAUCAGCGUGGUCGCGAUACCAACACCUUCAUCAUGGCGGAGUUUGUGCGUGCGCAGAUAUUUGGCACCACCUUUGAAAUCACCAGCCGAUACACGGAUCUGCAACCUGUGGGAAUGGGCGCCUUCGGGCUGGUCUGCUCUGCGAAGGACCAGCUCACUGGACAGGCGGUUGCUGUAAAGAAGAUUAUGAAGCCAUUCAGCACGCCGGUGCUCUCCAAACGGACAUACCGAGAGCUCAAGCUUCUGAAGCACCUCAAGCACGAGAAUGUCAUCAGCCUGAGCGACAUCUUCAUAUCUCCACUGGAGGAUAUCUAUUUUGUCACCGAAUUGCUCGGCACCGACCUGCACCGCCUCCUCACCUCGAGACCGCUUGAGAAGCAGUUCAUUCAGUACUUCUUGUAUCAAAUCCUGCGCGGACUGAAAUACGUACACUCGGCCGGCGUCGUCCAUCGCGAUCUGAAGCCCUCGAAUAUCCUCGUAAACGAAAAUUGCGAUCUGAAGAUCUGUGAUUUCGGUCUCGCGCGAAUCCAAGACCCCCAAAUGACCGGCUACGUCUCGACGCGAUACUACAGAGCCCCGGAAAUCAUGCUUACCUGGCAAAAAUACGACGUGGAGGUGGACAUUUGGAGUGCUGGCUGUAUUUUCGCCGAAAUGCUGGAGGGCAAGCCUCUCUUCCCUGGCAAGGAUCACGUCAACCAAUUCUCCAUCAUCACGGAACUGCUGGGCACUCCGCCAGAUGACGUUAUUAGUACCAUUUGCAGCGAGAAUACUCUGCGGUUCGUCCAGUCGCUCCCGAAACGUGAAAGGCAACCAUUGAAGAACAAGUUCAAGAACGCGGAUCCGCAAGCAAUUGAACUUUUGGAGCGAAUGCUUGUCUUUGACCCCCGGAAACGAGUCAAGGCUGGCGAGGCUCUAGCCGAUCCAUACCUGUCUCCAUAUCACGAUCCCACAGACGAGCCAGAGGCAGAAGAGAAAUUCGACUGGUCGUUCAACGAUGCUGAUUUGCCAGUAGACACCUGGAAGAUCAUGAUGUAUUCUGAAAUUCUCGACUACCACAACGUCGAUUCCGCAGCACAGCAGGGAGAAGUCACUGAAAACGGAGCUGCGUAACGAAUUAGACGGCCUAUUAAAGAGGCACUCGCCGGCAUUACGGAACCGUGAGAACUGUCUGAAGUCAUUCAAUGGUGCUCUCGGGCACUGAUACUUUUCCACUAUUCGACAGAAAGUCCAGUCAAUGAUGCCCGGCACGGUCGUAUCUUGUGGAGGACUUUUCGCCCAGAAGAUAGGUCUUGGUUGUGGGGGGUUAUAGGCAAGCGGUGCGAUCUAGUCGAUCACACGCAGCGGAGGCUUGGUACUACCAUGAUGAGCCAUGCAGCUUUUGUUUCGAUUCCAUCAAUACUGAAAACCUGAAGUACAUCAAAUGAAGCACGAAAUCACAG